AGCUUUUUUACCAUUCAUUUGCCAUCCGUCCCCCCGUAACAUAGGUUGUGCAUACGAUGGGGCUGCUGCAAAUUGUUCUCAUCUCUCUCGCCACAGCCAUGGUCGCUGGCUGGGGAAAUUUCCAAUCCUACAAUUUGGAAGAACGCGACCUCGACUUUCGUGACGUCGAUUUGAACAAACUCGUCUCAAAAUUACCUUUAGAGCAGCAAAAAACUGUAAAUGGUUCCAUUCUCUACGACCCGAACUGGGAAAGUCUUGACGCUCGUCCGCUGCCAUCUUGGUAUGAUGAAGCGAAAAUUGGUAUUUUCAUCCAUUGGGGAGUAUUUUCCGUCCCGGCCGUGAGAACUGAGUGGUUCUGGAACGUUUGGAAACGUGGAAACAGCAACGAGUGUGAAAUGUACGUUUUGAACAACUUCAAACCAAACUUUACUUAUCAAGAGUUUGCUCCUGAUUUCACGGCAGAGUUUUACGAUCCGUUUGCGUGGGCAAACUUAUUCGCCAGGUCAGGAGCCAAGUACGUCGUGUUGACUUCAAAACACCAUGAAGGUUACACCCUCUGGCCCUCGCGAUACUCGUGGUCCUGGAAUUCUAUGGAUGUUGGGUCCAAACGAGAUUUAUUGGGGGAUCUUGCCACUGCGAUUAGGGAAAAUACCACUCUAAAAUUUGGCCUUUAUCACUCCCUCUACGAAUGGUAUAAUCCACAAUGGAUGCGCGAUUUCGCUAACAAUUUUACCACGACGGAGUUUGUAGAUAACAAGAUAACGCCAUCGCUUUACGAAUUGGUGAACACGUACGAACCCGAGAUAUUUUGGUCGGAUGGAGAAUGGGACGCUCCUUCGGAAUAUUGGCACGCACAAGAAUUUUUAGCCUGGCUGUACAACACGUCCCCAGUAAAGGACACCGUCGUCACGAACGACCGGUGGGGUGGGGAUACAUUAUGCAAGCAUGGAGGCUACUACACGUGUGCGGACAGAUAUAAUCCUGGAGUGCUGCAACCUCACAAGUGGGAAAAUUGCAUGACCCUUGAUAAAUCUUGGGGGUAUAGAAAAAAUGCCAAUAUUGAGGAUUACAUGACGCCGGAGAAGUUAAUUCAAACGAUUGUGGAAAGCGUGUCUUGUGGAGGAAACGUCUUGGUGAAUGUCGGGCCGACGAAGGAGGGCAUAAUUUCUCCGGUGCAGCAGGAGCGUCUCCUCCAAAUGGGGGAGUGGUUGGGAAUUAAUGGGGAAGCGAUUUAUGAGAGUGUGCCGUGGCUUUAUCAAAACGAUACUGUGACUCCGGAUGUGUGGUAUACGACGAAUAAGAACGAAACCAAGGUUUACGCAGUUUUGAUCAACUGGAGCCAGGAGGUUAAUCUUGGUGCGGUUGAGAUGCAGACCGUAUCAGCCGUGAGGAUGUUGGGAGCGGAGGGGAUGUUGCUCUGGAGUGGGGCGGAGGUGGGGAUUAAUGUAAUUCUACCUGCUCUUGAUAAGGUUGAUUCCAAGUGGGCGUGGACUCUGGUUAUUGAAAAAGUGUAAAAAGAAAUAAUGAGGAUCAUGUUGUACAUAUUUAUUACUAAAUAAAAAUAUUUGGGGUUGAAAUUAG